AUGGAUAACUUAGAUGCAUCUGCCAAUCCUCUGGUGUACAUUAAUGACACUGAACCGCAGGAUUUUUUGACAGAUGAUGCCAAUUUUGAUCAGUUAAUUAUCGAUCUAAUUCGAGGAGAAAAUGAAGACCAGUUCAUCAGUGGCUACGACUGUGACCUUAUUAAUGGGUUGGUGGUCGAAAACAACAACCCGUUUGGUCCAACCCAAGAAGAUGUUUUUGAUCAUAAUGCUAAUAGUACACCAAUGGUGUUUAAUCCCAAUGGCAUUGCUCUGAUCAACAAUGCAUUAAUGCCAAGUCUUGAUGGGAAUGUCAAUGGAGAACUAGAAGAUAAUGAGGAGGAGGAUUCGUCUGCAACCACCACUGCAACUGACACCAGGAACAGGAAGCCUGAUCGAUCGAGAACUUUGAUUUCCGAGCGGAGGAGAAGGGGAAGCAUGAAGGAGAAGCUCUAUCAAUUACGAUCACUGGUUCCUAACAUAACUAAGAUGGACAAGGCCUCCAUAGUUGGAGAUGCUGCACUGUAUGUUCAGGAGCUGCAAAUGCAGGCCAAGAAGCUAAAAUGUGAGAUUGCUGGACUUGAAGCAUCAUUGGCAGGAUUGGGAAAACAUCAAGAAACGAUUAAUGAAAAGCCGAAGAAGAUUCGAAUUCCACAAAACAGCAAUCAAGUUUGCAAGAAGAUCAUGCAGAUGGACGUUUUUCAAGUAGAAGAAAGAGGGUUUUACAUGAAACUGGUUUGCAACAAAGGGGAAGGUGUGGCUUUGUCACUUUAUCGGGCUCUCGAGUCACUUACGAGCUUUGUUGUUCGAAGUUCAAGCUUGGUCUCAGUUUCUGAGAAUUUUAUGUUAACAUUUACAUUGAAUGUGAGAGAAUGCCGGCAUGACAUGAACUUGCCAAAUACUAAGCUGUGGGUGAUGGGGGCUCUUUUGAACCAAGGAUUCGAGUUUGCGACAUCUUUAUGUGAUUAAGCUAGCAUUUUCCAACCCCUGUGUCUCUCUUUAUCCGGUCAUUUUUUCUAUAUAUAUAUGUGAGUGAG